CCUUCUUGCUGGCCGGGUCCGCAGGUCUCUCAGGCGGUCCCGAGUUACCGCGCCAGGGGUCGAAUAGUUUGGUGCGACGCGGCCCGCCACAAGCGGGGCGAGAAGAGGGCGGAGCGUGCAGCUGUCCACCGGCGUCCUCGGCUCUGCCCUCUACUCGGACGAAAAAAUAAAAGCGAAAGGGAGGGUGGCGCCGAGGCUGGACCGACGAAGUGAUAGGAAGCGGGGGAUUGCUAUUAGUCUAGGCUGGCCUUAAACUUACUAUGCACAGGCUGAUCCAACUUGUGGUGGGCCUCCUGCCUCAGUCUCCCGAGUGCUGAGUUUACAGGCUUCUCAUUGUAUGGAUCACGGAUUGACUAAUACAUGGCUUUACCUCGUCUCACAGGAGCCUUGCGCUCCUUUUCAAAUGUCACUAAGCAAGAGAAUUAUAAUGAAGAAGUGGCUGACUUAAAGCUGAAGCGAUCCAAACUUCAAGAACAAGUUUCAGAUUUGGGACUGACAUGGAAGAAGAUAGUGACAUUUUUGAAAGAAAACUUGGAGAAGAGUAAAAUGCAAAUUAUAGAUACAGAUUUAAAAAAUAUAUUACAAGCUGCAAAACAAAUAGUUGGAAUGGAUAAUGGGAGAGAAGCAAUUGAAAGUGGUGCUGCAUUUCUCUUUAUGACAUUUCACUUGAAGGAUGCUGUUGGUCACAUGGAGACAAAGGCUAUCAAACAGAUGUUUGGUCCAUUUCCAUCAUCAUCUGCCACUGCAGCUUGUAAUGCCACGAAUCGAAUCAUUUCUCAGUUUAGUCAAGAUGACCUUACUGCUCUUCUCCAGAUGACAGAAAAGGAAUAUGGUAACAAAGUAUUUUUUGGUAAAAAUCUAGCAUUUUCAUUUGACAUGCAUGAUCUGGAACACUUUGAUGACCUGCCAGUAAAUGGUGAAACCCAGAAAACUAUAAGCCUAGAUUAUAAGAAGUUUCUGAAUGAACAUUUUCAGGAGCAUUAUACUCCAGAACUCAAACCUAUGGAAAAACCAAAUAGUUCAUUUUUGUGGUGUGAAGUUGAGAAGUUCUUAAAUGCAACUUUAAAGGAAAUGACUGAAGCACCAAGAAUAGAAGAUCUUUGCUGUACCUUAUAUGAUAUGCUUGCUUCUGUUAAAAGUGGUGAUGAGCUUCAGGAUGAGUUAUUUGAAUUGCUUGGACCUGAAGGACUCGAUCUUAUUGAAAAGCUUCUCCAGAAUAGAAUAACAAUUGUGGAUAGAUUCCUUAAUUCUUCAAAUGAACAUAAAUUUCAGACUAUCCAAGACAAUUCCAAAAAAAUUUUGGGAGAGAAUGCUAAACCUAAUUACGGUUGUCAAGUCACUAUUCAGUCUGAACAAGAAAAGCAGUUACUGAAACAGUGUCGCCGUGAAGAAAAAAAAAUUGCUAGACGAGAAAAAAAGGCUGGAGAAGAUGGAGAAGUUUCUGGAGAAGGUAUUACAUGUUUUGAUCCUAAGGAACUGAGGAUACACAGAGAGCAAGCACUUUUGAAUGCUAGAAGUAUUCCAAUUUUAAGCAGGCAGAGAGACACAGACAUUGAGAAAAUACGUUAUCCCCAUGUUUAUGAUUCUCAGGCCGAAGCCAGGAAGACAUCAGCAUUCAUUGCAGGUGCAAAGAUGAUUUUACCAGAAGGAAUCCAAAGAGAGAAUAACAAGCUUUAUGAAGAAGUCAAGAUUCCCUAUAGUGAACCAAUGCCAAUCGGCUUUGAGGAAAAGCCAGUUUACAUAGAAGAUUUAGAUGAGAUAGGACAGUUGGCUUUUAAAGGAAUGAGAAGACUCAAUAGAAUCCAGUCAAUAGUGUUCGAGACGGCCUACAACACCAAUGAGAACAUGCUGAUUUGUGCCCCUACUGGAGCCGGAAAGACCAAUAUUGCGAUGCUUACAAUCUUGCAUGAAAUUCGCCAGCAUUUUCAGCAAGGUGUUAUCAAAAAGAAUGAGUUUAAGAUUGUGUAUGUUGCGCCAAUGAAAGCCUUGGCAGCUGAGAUGACUAACUACUUCAGCAAACGUCUAGAGCCACUGGGCAUUGUUGUGAAAGAAUUGACUGGUGAUAUGCAGUUGUCAAAGAAUGAAAUUUUACGAACUCAGAUGCUUGUGACCACACCAGAAAAAUGGGAUGUAGUAACACGAAAGAGUGUUGGGGAUGUUGCUCUUUCCCAAAUUGUAAAGCUCCUUAUUCUUGAUGAAGUCCAUUUGCUCCAUGAAGAUAGAGGGCCAGUAUUGGAAAGCAUAGUUGCACGUACUUUACGGCAGGUGGAAUCUACACAGAGUAUGAUAAGGAUACUUGGACUCUCUGCAACCUUACCCAACUACCUUGAUGUUGCUACUUUUUUACACGUUAAUCCCUACAUUGGACUUUUCUACUUUGAUGGCCGAUUUCGACCAGUACCUCUUGGACAGACAUUUUUGGGGAUUAAAAGUACAAAUAAGAUGCAACAGUUGAAUAACAUGGAUGAAGUAUGCUAUGAAAGUGUUUUGAAGCAAGUCAAGGCUGGACAUCAGGCGUGGUGGUACAUGCCUGUAGUCCCAGCACUCAAGAAGCAGAGACGAGGGAUUACUGUGAUGGUGUUUGUACAUGCUCGAAAUGCCACUGUGAGAACAGCUAUGUCUCUAAUAGAAAGAGCCAAAAAUUGUGGCCAGAUUUCCUGCUUUUUACCUUCCCAAGGACCCGAAUAUGGACAUGCAGAAAAACAGGUUCAAAAGUCAAGAAAUAAGCAAGUACGAGAAUUAUUUGCAGAUGGUUUUAGUAUUCAUCACGCUGGAAUGCUUCGGCAGGACAGAAACUUGGUUGAAAACUUGUUUUCCAAUGGGCAUAUCAAAGUCCUUGUCUGUACAGCUACCCUAGCUUGGGGUGUCAAUCUUCCUGCUCAUGCUGUUAUUAUUAAGGGAACACAAAUAUAUGCUGCAAAAAGAGGCUCCUUUGUUGACCUUGGAAUUUUAGAUGUCAUGCAGAUAUUUGGCCGAGCUGGACGACCACAAUUUGAUAAAUUUGGGGAAGGAAUCAUUAUAACAACACAUGAUAAACUCAGUCAUUACCUCACUUUGCUCACUCAGCAAAACCCGAUUGAGAGUCAAUUUCUGGAAAGCCUUGCAGAUAACCUAAAUGCAGAGAUUGCGUUGGGAACAGUCACUAAUGUGGAAGAAGCAGUGAAGUGGAUAAGUUACACUUACCUUUAUGUACGGAUGAGAGCAAACCCAUUAGUAUAUGGCAUCAGUCACAAAGCUUAUCAGAUUGACCCAACAUUAAGAAAGUAUCGAGAACAGUUAGUCAUUGAAGUUGGAAGGAAACUUGACAAAGCUCAGAUGAUUCGUUUUGAAGAGAGAACUGGGUAUUUUUCCUCAACUGAUUUGGGUAGAACUGCCAGCCACUUCUAUAUUAAAUACAACACCAUCGAGACUUUUAAUGAACUCUUUGAUGCUCACAAAACUGAAGGAGACAUUUUUGCUAUAGUUUCUAAAGCUGAAGAAUUUGAUCAAAUCAAGGUCAGAGAAGAGGAAAUAGAAGAAUUAGAUGCUUUGUUAAACAAUUUCUGUGAACUCUCAGCUCCUGGAGGUGUAGAAAAUAGUUAUGGGAAAAUAAACAUCUUACUUCAAACUUACAUCAGUCGAGGAGAAAUGGACAGUUUCUCCCUUAUAUCAGAUUCUGCGUAUGUUGCACAGAAUGCAGCUAGGAUUGUCCGUGCUCUUUUUGAAAUUGCUCUAAGGAAACGUUGGCCUACCAUGACCUACAGGCUCCUGAAUCUUAGUAAAGUCAUUGACAAAAGACUUUGGGGCUGGGCUAGCCCUUUGAGACAAUUUUCAGUGUUACCACCACACAUUCUAACAAGACUGGAAGAAAAAAAUCUUACUGUGGAUAAGCUGAAAGACAUGCAGAAGGAUGAAAUAGGUCACAUUUUGCAUCAUGUGAAUAUUGGACUGAAGGUUAAACAGUGUGUUCAUCAGAUCCCUUCUGUUAUGAUGGAAGCAUCCAUCCAACCCAUCACCCGGACCGUUCUCCGAGUGACACUCAGCGUCUACCCAGAUUUCUCUUGGAAUGAUCAGGUCCAUGGAACCAUAGGAGAACCCUGGUGGAUUUGGGUAGAAGACCCUACAAAUGAUCAUAUUUAUCAUUCAGAAUAUUUUCUUGCUCUUAAAAGACAGGUCAUUAAUAAAGAAGCUCAACUACUGGUGUUUACAAUCCCUAUUUUUGAGCCUUUGCCUUCUCAGUACUACAUCCGAGCCGUGUCUGAUAGAUGGUUAGGCGCCGAGGCUGUGUGUAUCAUCAACUUUCAACAUCUGAUUCUGCCAGAGAGACAUCCUCCCCAUACAGAGCUACUGGAUCUUCAGCCUUUACCCAUCACAGCUUUGGGAUGUAAAGCAUACGAAGCCCUGUACAACUUCAGCCACUUUAACCCUGUACAGACACAGAUAUUUCAUACGCUGUAUCAUACAGACUGUAAUGUCUUACUUGGAGCACCCACUGGAUCAGGAAAGACCGUUGCAGCUGAAUUAGCCAUUUUCAGAGUCUUCAACAAGUAUCCUACUUCAAAGGCAGUAUAUAUUGCACCCUUAAAAGCCUUAGUACGUGAAAGAAUGGACGAUUGGAAAGUUAGAAUAGAAGAAAAACUUGGUAAAAAAGUUAUUGAACUAACUGGAGAUGUCACCCCUGAUAUGAAAUCCAUUGCCAAGGCUGACCUUAUUGUCACUACACCAGAGAAGUGGGAUGGAAUCAGCAGAAGCUGGCAAAAUAGAAAUUAUGUACAGCAAGUCACUAUUCUCAUCAUUGAUGAGAUCCAUCUGCUUGGGGAGGAAAGAGGUCCUGUUCUUGAGGUCAUUGUAUCUCGAACGAAUUUCAUCUCAUCACAUACAGAAAAGCCUGUUAGGAUAGUUGGGCUUUCUACUGCAUUAGCUAAUGCCAGAGACCUUGCCGACUGGCUCAAUAUUAAGCAGAUGGGCUUAUUCAAUUUCCGGCCAUCAGUACGCCCUGUUCCACUGGAAGUUCACAUUCAGGGCUUCCCGGGCCAACAUUACUGUCCUCGUAUGGCUAGUAUGAACAAGCCUGCCUUUCAGGCAAUCAGAAGUCAUUCUCCCGCCAAACCUGUUUUGAUAUUUGUCUCAUCAAGACGUCAAACUCGACUUACCGCUUUGGAAUUAAUAGCCUUUCUGGCUACUGAAGAAGAUCCAAAGCAGUGGUUGAAUAUGGAUGAAAGAGAGAUGGAGAACAUCAUUGGGACAGUAAAAGAUUCCAACCUAAAGCUGACACUUGCUUUUGGAAUAGGGAUGCACCAUGCUGGGCUCCAUGAAAGGGACCGAAAAACGGUCGAGGAACUGUUCGUGCACUGUAAAGUUCAGGUUCUUAUUGCUACAAGCACAUUAGCCUGGGGUGUGAACUUUCCAGCUCACUUAGUAAUUAUUAAGGGAACAGAAUAUUAUGAUGGAAAAACAAGACGUUAUGUGGAUUUUCCCAUUACGGAUGUGCUCCAGAUGAUGGGACGGGCUGGCAGGCCUCAGUUUGAUGACCAAGGCAAAGCUGUAAUUCUGGUUCAUGAUAUAAAAAAAGACUUUUACAAAAAAUUUCUUUAUGAACCUUUCCCAGUGGAAUCAAGUUUAUUAGGAGUGCUUUCUGACCACUUAAAUGCAGAAAUUGCUGGUGGUACAAUAACAUCUAAGCAAGACGCAAUGGAUUAUAUAACCUGGACUUAUUUUUUCCGACGUCUUAUCAUGAACCCCAGCUACUACAAUUUGGGUGAUGUGAGCCAUGAUUCUGUGAACAAGUUUCUGUCCCAUCUGAUUGAGAAAUCCCUGGUCGAGUUGGAACUUUCUUACUGUAUUGAAAUUGGAGAGGAUAAUCGGAGCAUUGAAGCUUUGACAUAUGGCCGAAUUGCUUCCUAUUACUAUUUGAAGCACCAAACAGUUAAAAUGUUCAAGGACCGUUUGAAACCUGAAUGCAGUACUGAAGAAUUGCUUUCAAUUCUAAGUGAUGCAAAAGAAUAUACAGAUUUGCCAGUAAGACACAAUGAAGAUCAUAUGAACAGCGAAUUGGCAAAAUGUCUUCCUAUUGAAUUAAAUCCUCAUUCAUUUGACAGUCCUCACACCAAAGCACAUCUCCUGCUCCAGGCACAUCUCAGCCGAGCCAUGCUGCCCUGCCCAGACUAUGACACUGAUACCAAAACAGUCUUGGACCAGGCUCUCAGAGUGUGUCAGGCAAUGCUGGAUGUGGCUGCAAAUCAGGGCUGGCUGGUGACGGCCCUGAACAUCACCAACCUGGUUCAGAUGGUGGUGCAGGGCCGGUGGUUAAAGGAUUCCUCUCUUCUUACACUGCCAAACAUAGAACAGCACCAUCUCCACCUUUUCAGGAAAUGGAAGCCAAUUGUAAAGGGCCCUUGUACUAGGUGCCGAACCUCCAUUGAGUGCCUUCCUGAACUGAUCCAGGCCUGUGGAGGGAAAGACCAUGUAUUCAAUUCUAUAGUAGAGAAGGAGUUACAGGCUGCCAAAACAAAACAGGCAUGGAAUUUUUUAUCUCACUUGCCAGUGAUAAAUGUGAGCCUAAGUGUUAAAGGCUCAUGGGAUGAUUUAGUUGAAGGACAUAAUGAACUCCCUGUCUCAACUCAGCCUGCAGACCAGCGAGAUGACAACAAAUGGAUCAAAUUGCAUGCUGAUCAGGAGUAUGUGCUCCAAGUCAGCUUGCAGAGAGUCCACUUUGGGUUCUACAAGGGGAAGCAAGAAAGCUGUGCAGUUACUCCUCGGUUUCCCAAAUCCAAAGAUGAGGGAUGGUUUUUGAUAUUAGGUGAAGUAGACAAGAGAGAGCUUAUUGCUUUAAAACGAGUAGGAUAUGUUCGAAAUCAUCAUGACAUUUCCCUUUCCUUUUAUACCCCUGAAGUACCUGGAAGGUAUAUCUUCACACUGUAUCUCAUGAGUGACUGCUACCUUGGCCUGGACCAGCAGUAUGACAUUUAUCUCAAUGUCACACAAGCCAGUAUUUCCACACAGGUCACUACAGAGGUCUCUGAUGCCUUUGCUGACCUGGCAGUGAAGUAACCUGCCCAGGACAGUCUAUUUGGAAGAGUCUGGCUAUUCAAUCAUCUAAACAAAGUUGAAUCACUAGAUAUUUGCCUUGAAAGAAGCAACUUCUAACCUCACGACAUCCAGUAAAUUGACAGUGACUGCAAUGUUGACUCCAGCAACAAGUUAGCCAUAGUGGCCUUUUAUCAAAUGUCACCUUUUUAAAUGGUCUCUUCUUAGGGUUUUUGACAUUAAAUGAGUGAGCAUUUAGGUUAGUAUUUCAGUUUAUGUAUAUUUGAGGAACUUAUAUAAAUACUGGCUUUUUUUUUUAAAGGAAAGCUACACCAAGGAGUUACAGUGUAGGAUUAUUAACUCUAUAUAAUAAAAUAUGUAAAUUGAAGAGGUGAUACACAAUGUAUCUUGUUAGUAAAAUUUAAAUUUUGAUCAACUUACUGGUUUUAAUAAAACUCAUAAAUGUUAAUAUUAUAUAAUGUAAAAUUAUAUCAGAGUCCAGCGAAGAUUAGAAUAAAAAACAGAAUAUAAUGAUCUUAGAAAAUAUGAUACUGUAACUAACAAAUAAAAUAUAUAGUCCCA